AUGCGCUGUGUGGAACGAGUGAGCGCUUGUGUGCGGGCGCCGAUGCUCGGGGCGGAGCAGGCCUGUCUCUGCAAGUGUUCCUGGAGCUGGCUGCAAGAGUUUGCAGCAACCCAGGAUGCGCUGCUGUUUUCCUUCCCUCCUCUGAGAGAUGAGGACGGGCUAGGGGCGGAGCCAGGCUCGGCCUCCCGCCCCCCCUCAGCCCCUCUGACCAGUGGGGAGAGGCGCAGGCACCCACGUGCUGGCGGCACCCGGGCGGGAGGGAGGCAGAGGGGCGUCGGCGGGCUGGGCUCACGCAGGCGGCUAGACUGGGCAGGGCAGCACGGGACAGCACCGCACCGCGCCGCCGGCACCGGGCCAGUCGGAGCAGGCCAGGCAGGGCGCGUAGCGGCAGCGGAGGCGGCCGCAGGAGCAGCAGAGGCCGUCCAGGGCCAGGGCCGGCGCCAGAGCAGGAGAGCGGCGCCGCGGAAGGCUCUCCUGGAGCCCGCUGGCCAGCCGCGCGCCCAGGGCACGGGGAGCCCCGCGGGCAGAGCCAGGCCGCCCUCCCUUCACACCCCCACCCGUCCGUCCAUACCCUUCGGGCGCCCAGAGGAGCCGAGAGAGCCUGCUGCCCCCGCGCCUCCCUGCGCUGUCCUGCUUGUUCAGGCCGCCCUCCCAUGGCUCAGCCCGGGUGCUGACCGUCCGAAGGGCGCUGCGGGCGAGUCUAUACCUUCCCGCCGCUGUCCCCGGCGUUCACGCGCGCCAGGGCCGCUGCUACCGCCGCCGCCGCCGCUGGCCUCGGCGGCGCGGCGGGAAGAGGCUGCGGGCGGGGAGGGUCCCCGGCUGGGUCGGCCGGCCGCUGGCGGGCGCUUCUCAGAGGCGGCCUGCGGCUCUGCCAGCUGCUUCUCUUCCACUCCAUCUCCAUCCCCAUCCCCGGGAGCGUAUAUGAGCGCUGCCUUUCCGCCCUCCCUGAUGAUGAUGCAGCGGCCCCUGGGUAGCAGCACUGCCUUCAGCAUCGACUCGCUGAUCGGCAGCCCUCCUCAGCCCAGUCCGGGACACUUCGUGUACACCGGCUACCCCAUGUUCAUGCCUUACCGGCCGGUGGUGCUGCCCCCUCCGCCCCCGCCGCCCCCCACGCUCCCGCAGGCCUCCCUGCAGCCGGCCUUGCCGCCCGCACACCCCCACCACCAAAUUCCCAGCCUGCCCACCGGCUUCUGCUCCAGCCUGGCACAGGGCAUGGCCCUCACCUCCACGCUCAUGGCCACUCUGCCCAGCAGCUUCUCGGCUUCACCCCAGCACCAGGAAGCGGCUCGCAAGUUCGCGCCGCAGGCCCUGCAGGGCAACUUCGACAAGGCAGACGGCAUCCCGGCGGAGUCGGAGGAUGGUAAAGCUUUCCUGGCCAAGGAAACCUCGCUGUUGUCGUUCUCGGCCUCCGAGGCGGUGCAGGCUUCCCUCGUGGGGGCCAUGAGAGGCCAAGGGAAAGAGGAGGCCAAAGGGGAAGACGACUCCAAAGGCAAAGACGAGAGCUUCUCCAUGGACAGCGACCUGGACUACAGCUCCGACGACAACAUCCCCAGCCAAGCAGCCCACAAGGAGGAAGAUUUGGCCACGGCCCUGGAGGAGAAUCCCCAGAGCAGCAGCAGCAGCAGCAGUAGCAGCAGCAGCAGCAGCAGCAGCUCGAGCAGCACCACUUCCACCGGCAAAAACCGACGCAGGCGGACGGCCUUCACCAGCGAGCAGCUUCUGGAGCUCGAGAAGGAAUUCCACUGUAAGAAGUAUCUGUCCCUGACAGAGAGGUCGCAGAUUGCCCACGCGCUCAAACUCAGCGAGGUUCAAGUGAAAAUUUGGUUCCAAAACCGCAGGGCGAAAUGGAAACGGGUCAAAGCCGGCAACGCCAACUCCAAGACCGGGGAGCCCUCUCGGAACCCCAAGAUCGUCGUCCCCAUUCCGGUGCACGUCAGUCGUUUUGCCAUCAGAAGUCAACACCAGCAGCUGGAGCAAGCCAGGCCCUGA